CAGGAGCUCGCCCCGCCUGCCCUUCUGCGCGGCCGUGCUGCUUGUUCUCGUCGGUCCCCCUCCUCCUCCGCCCCGCCGUCCUGACUCUCUUUCCCUCCUUCCCUCAGAGGAUGUCCUCCUUCCAGCUCAACCUGAAUCCGCUCAAGGAGCCGCUCGGCUUCAUCAAGGUCCUCGAGUGGAUUGCUUCUAUCUUUUCUUUUGCCACCUGUGGAGGUUUUAAGGGCAAAACAGAAAUUCAGGUGACUUGUCCUUCAAGUACUGACAAUAAAACAGUUACAGCUACUUUUGGUUAUCCAUUCAGGUUGAAUGAAGCAUCAUUUCAGACACCUCAAGGUGUAAAUGUGUGUCAGAUAGACUGGAAAAGGCAUGUCCUUAUCGGAGAUUACUCUUCUUCUGCACAAUUCUACGUUACUUUUGCCGUCUUUGUCUUCCUGUACUGCAUUGCUGCUCUUCUGCUCUAUGUUGGUUACAUGAAUCUAUAUCGUGAUAGUCGAAAACUUCCCAUGGCUGACUUUGUUGUUACUCUUAUUGCCACUUUUUUGUGGUUGGUGAGCACUUCGGCCUGGGCUAAAGCUCUUACAGAUAUUAAAAUAGCUACCGGUCACAAUAUUGUCCAGGAACUUGGGCCUUGUAAUAAUGGAGUGACGUGUCAUUUUGGCUCUGUGACUAGUAUGGGAUCCCUAAAUGUAUCUGUGAUCUUUGGCUUUCUGAACAUGAUACUUUGGGGAGGAAAUGCAUGGUUUGUAUACAAGGAGACCAGCUUACACAGUCCAUCAAAUACUUCUACUUCCCAUAGCCAAGGAGUUGUUUCUCCUCCAUCUGUAAUGUAAUUGAAGGGAGAAGUACACUGUAUAAAAUAGAUAUCUAUACUAUGACCUGUUGCCAACAUCUUGAGAAGCAUUUUUCAUUUCUAAUAAAAGUAAUGGCUUUUUUCAAUAAA